CAAAGGCAGGAAGCGACUAGACUGCUGCUGACUAGUACAACUGUCUUGUCUUUUGUUAGCAGCGUCUCCAUUAAUUGAGCGGGAAAAACCCACACACAAAAUCCGAAGGGCUAAACUGCAGAGCCCACGCUUUUUGUAACUGUAAUCGAAGUCCAAUACUAGCCCUAGGGUUUCGCCGAUAAUGGCGAAUGUUCAUGGUGUUGUUGAUCAGGACCAGCAAUGGUUACUCAAUUGUUUGUCCGCCACUCUCGACCCUAACCAAGAGGUUCGCUCUUUCGCCGAAGCUUCACUUAAUCAGGCCACUCUUCAGCCAGGGUUUGGAAGUGCACUAGCCCAGGUUGCUGUAAACAGAGAGCUCUCACUAGGGUUGCGCCAGCUAGCUGCUGUCCUUCUGAAGCAGUUUAUUAAGAAACACUGGCAUGAGGGUGAUGAAUCUUUUGAGCAUCCUGUUGUUUCCUUUGAUGAAAAGGAAAAAAUACGCAGACUUCUAUUGUUGUCACUGGAUGACUCCUAUAGAAAAAUGUGCACUGCAAUUAGUAUGGCUAUUGCAUCGAUUGCGCUUCAUGAUUGGCCAGAGGAUUGGCCUGACUUGUUGCCUUAUCUCCUGAAGUUAAUUAAUGACCAGACAAAUCGGGAUGGAGUAAAUGGAGCUUUGAGGUGCUUGGCUCUUCUUUCUGAUGACUUGGAUGAUAAAGUGAUGCCCACAUUAGUGCCUCUUUUGUUCCCAUGCCUGCUUACUAUUGUUUCAUCCACUCAGGUGUAUGACAAAUACUUACGUGCAAAAGCUCUUUCAAUUAUUUAUUCUUGCAUCUCCAUGCUGGGUGCAAUGUGUGGCGUUUAUAGGAUGGAAACCAGCACAAUAUUAAUACCUAUGAUUAAACCUUGGAUGGCUCAAUUUGCUAUUAUCCUAAAUCAACCAGUGGAACCUAAAGAUCCUGAUGAUUGGAGUAUCAGAAUGGAGGUUUUGAAGUGCUUGAAUCAAUUUGUUCAGAAUUUCCCUAGCCUUACGGAAAGUGAAUUCAUGAUAAUAAUGGGACCAUUGUGGCAAACUUUUGUAACAUCGUUAAGAGUAAGGUCAUCUGUUGAUAGUUUGGAAGACCUAUAUGAGGGAAGGUAUGAUUCUGAUGGUACAGAAAAAAGCUUUGACUCCCUUGUGAUCCAGUUAUUUGAGUUUCUGCUGACCAUUGUGGGUAGCAAAAAAUUUGUAAAGGUUGUUAUGAACCACAUUAAAGAAUUGGUGUACUAUACUAUUGCUUUUCUGCAAAUGACAGAACAACAGGUCCACACAUGGUUAAUGGAUGCCAAUCAGUUUGUUGCUGAUGAGGAUGAGGCCACUUACAGCUCUCGUGUUUCUGGUGCACUUUUACUUGAAGAAGUGGCAAAUGUAGCUGGAAUGGAAGGGAUUAAUGCCAUCAUAGAAGCUGCUAAAGAACGAUUUAGUGAUUCUCAAAAGGAAAAAGCAGCAGGUUCUGCAGUCUGGUGGAGACUAAAGGAGGCUACUUUAUUUGCAUUGGCGUCUGUGUCAGAACAAUUGCUUGAAGCAGAGGAUUCAGCACUAGUGAGAGUUGGUUUGAGGGAUCUUCUGGAACAAAUAAUUGUUGAAGAUUCUGAAUCUGGAGUACACGAACAUCCCUUUCUAUAUGCUCGAAUUUUCACAUCCAUUGCUAAGUUCUCCUCUUUGAUCAGCCGUGAAGUUCUUGAGCAUUUUAUUCAUGCUGCUACAAAAGCAAUUGGCAUGGACGUGCCUCCUCCUGUGAAAGUAGGUGCGUGCAGGGCACUGUCUCAGCUCUUACCUGAAGCAAACAAAGGAAUCAUUCAAUCCCAAAUGAUGAAUUUAUUUUCAUCUCUUAUUAAUCUUCUUAAUCAGGCAUCAGAUGAAACCUUGGACUUGGUACUUGAAACACUGCAAGCAGUCAUUAAGUCAGGUCAUGAAUUAUCAGCUUCAGUAGAGCCUCUAAUCUCUCCUGUGAUCCUUAAUAUGUGGGUAUCACAUGUUUCAGAUCCCUUUAUCAGUAUUGGGGCAAUUGAGGUUCUGGAGGCACUGAAAAAUGCUCCUGGUUGUAUCCAUCCACUGGUUUCCAGAAUUCUACCAUACAUAGGGCCAAUCUUAAAUAAUCCCCAGCAGCAACCUGAUGAAUUAGUUGCCGGGUCAUUGGAUCUUGUGACAAUGUUAUUAAAGAAUUCUGCUGUUGAUGUCGUAAAAGCAGUUUAUGAUGUUUGUUUUGAUGCUAUUAUUCGGAUAGUUCUUCAAAGUGAUGAUCACAGUGAAAUGCAGAAUGCAACAGAAUGUUUAGCAGCUUUGAUAUCUGGGGGAAGGCAAGAUAUGCUCGCUUGGGGUGACUCUGGAUUUAUAAUGAGAAGUUUACUCGAUGUAGUUUCAAGGCUUCUGGAUCCAGAUUUGGAAAGCUCUGGAUCUCUCUUUGUUGGUAGCUACAUUUUGCAACUUAUACUUCAUUUUCCAUCACAAAUGCUACCUCACAUUCGAGAUCUGAUUGCUGCUCUUGUUAGGCGUAUGCAAUCUGUUCAAAUAGAAGGGUUGAAAAGCUCAUUGAUAGUCAUAUUUGCUCGAUUGGCCCACUUGAGUGUACCAAAUGUCGAACAGUUUAUUGAUUUACUGACCACUAUCUCUGCGGAAGGUCAUGAUAAUUCGUUUGUUUAUUUGAUGUUGGAGUGGACUAAACAACAAGGAGAGAUUAAUGGGGCAUACCAAAUUAAAGUGACUACGACUGCUUUAGCCUUACUGCUAUCUACUGGGCAUGCUGAAUUAGCAAAAGUAAAUGUGCAAGGACAUCUAAUUAAGUCUGUUGCAGGGAUAACCACUCGCUCCAAAGCUAAAUUAGCACCAGAUCAGUGGACCGUGGUCCCACUUCGUGCAAAGAUACUGGCUCUAUUGGCAGAUGCAUUGGUUGAAAUACAAGAGCAGGUUUUGGCUGAUGAUGAGGAGGGCAGUGACUGGGAAGAAGUUCAGACCGAAGAUGCCGAAGCUGAUAAUAAUUUAUUGUAUACAGCUGGGAUCACAUCACGUAGCAGAACUACAAAUGAACAUCUUGAAGCUAUGGCUAAAGUUUACAAUGAGGAUCAGGAAGAUGGUUACGAAGAUGACCUAAUAAGUGUGUCUGAUCCUCUUAAUCAGAUCAAUCUUGCAAGCUAUCUUGCGGAAUUCUUUGUAAAAUUUGCACAAUGCAAUAAGCAACUGUUUGAUCAUCUAUGCCAGAGCUUGACUCAGACUCAGAAGAAUGCUAUUCAAAUGGUUUUGAAUUGCUGACCAAUUUGUUUGGUAAUAUAUUUUUUUAUAUUAUAUUCUUCAAGGGUUUACUUGCUUAGUUUUGUACAAGAAUGAUAUGAAAAGAAGGUUUUUUUUUAGUAAGUUCAUAUAGUUUGGCCAAAGAUGUCUCUGAGUAUUGUGUUUUUGAAAUGAGAGCGGGUUUUGAUUUUUAGUGUUUUAGAAAUGAGAGCGGGUUUUGAUUUUUCAAAUUGGGUAGCUGCCAGUUCUUUGCAUCAUCUACGUUGUAUGUAACAUUUUCUUUGUAUAUUUUUUCAUUUAUUAUUGAGAAUACAUGAUCUGUCUAUUUUUCCCGCUUA